UUUAUCUUCUAUUUCUUUCGUUCAAUUUUGCUUCAAUUUGAGAGGAAAAUGGGCCAUAUUGUGAUUAGGUAGUAAUUACCGAAGUAUACUUACAAGUUAAAGGUUUGAAUGAGACAAUGUGUGGGGUCUUUAUAAAGAGACUAUCAAUCACAAAGUUAGAAUUCGACCCAAGCUAGAGACAAAAAAGCAAAAUGUUUGCUUUUCAGCGGUAUAUAAGGUCGCCAUGUGUUAAAUUACUGGGAUUUAACAGCAUUUGCCGGGUCCGCAGAUACCUCACUACGGCACAGACUACUGAAGCUCUCCGCCCUUUUAUCUUCGCAGUACAUCCAGACUUCUUCGGUCAAUAUCCCAAAGAGAGGGCUGCUAAUGAAAAAUCUCUGAAGCUGUUGUUUUCUUACAUCGAUGGCCUUCACCAAGACCAACGAACCUCUGCAACCGAGCUGACGUUCUAUCUCAGGAAUCAAACACCAUUAAAUGGACAGCCAGUCAACAAAGGUGUUAUAUUCAGGAGUGUUAAAAUCGGCUUAUCGUCCUUGGACAUCUACACCACAGUGAAUGGUAUCUUGGCGUCAUGUGACCUAUCUACGGCCGUCAUCGAGCAAUACAAGCAGGAGAAUGCUGAGAAGGAAGGGGAAUUCCCAAGGCCAGUGGAAUGGCACCAAUCCUACUAUGCAUACACUGGAAAGAAAAAUCCAAAGGAUAAUGUGCAGCGAAAGCAAGGAAGACCUGAAAUAACAUUGAGUUAUUGGCUGAAGAAAAACAUAGCUGAAGCCAGGAAGAAGCUGGAGAGAAGUCGGCCAACAAAGGAGGAAAUUGUAUCUCUGAGACGAUAUCUGAUUGGUCAGUUAGGCUUAGAGGAUAUCGUAUGGGAGAGCAUGUGGGACUCUUCUAUGUUUUGUUCAUGUCUGAAAACUAUGAAAGACGUCUGCCAGCAACAUUGGGCUAUCAUGCAAAAUCUGAGAGGUUGUACAGUCGUGCUUGGUGAUCUGACCAGGCUCACCCCGAGUGGGCGUGUGGUUCUUAGCAGCCAAGAUGUACCACACCAUUGGGUCUCGUUUAUAUCCGGCCUUCCCAAGCAGAGAGAAAUCCUUCCCUUCAUACCCCCUACAGAGCAGGCCCUGUCCACUCUCCUCGGGGGUUGCUCAGUCAAAGCUCUGGAGGGACCAGCAUCAACCAUGACAGCAAACAGCCAUUAUGCUGCCCUCGUGAUGCUUAUAGAAACCAUGGAGAAGCAUAAGUUUGUGAAGAGGAAAGGAGAGAAGGAGGAAGAAUGCCUUGUCUUGCCAGAGGGGAUUACUCAGGGAAUCAAUAUCAUCAUUGAAGGAAGUACGGGUGAGCAGUACAUUGACCAUAAUGGGGACGUUCAUCUCAUGUGCAAUAAAUCUGCACCAAACAUCAUUAGAUAUCUACUGAGUAAUGCAAAGAAUGCCAGAGAGCUAUGCAACAAUCACAUGAGUGAUGUCAAGGAAGAAGCGCUGUUAAUCUCUCGUUGCCUGGAGGAGUUGGAGCUAGCGACUCUGACCCGUCAUCUUGACGUCACCCCGUCUCAGAUGAUCGCCUGCUGCCGUAAGCUUGAAGAGAACCCCGUCAGACUGGGCGUGGUCGUUAGAAACCUUCAUGUUCAGAUCAGACACCACUACGCACUGCGUAGAGACGGAGACGUGUGCAUCCCAUGGAAUUGGAAGGAAUGAAACUCGAUUCAGAUGAGAUGGAGACUUAAGUAUCCCGUGGAACUGGAAGAAAUAGAACACCUCCUACAUGUACAUGAAGAUGAAAGCGAUGAAGAAACUUAAAGAGACUGGGUAGUUUUUAGAAACCACCAAGUUCAGAUUAGACAAAACUAUGCACUACACUGAGAUAGAGAUGUCUACAUUUCAUGGAAUCGGAUGGAGUAAAAUCCCCCCCCCCCCAAAAAAAAAAAAGAAAG